CAGGCCUAUGAAAGUCAUUUACCUUACCCUCCUAUUAUCUUUUCAAUCAACUAAAUCAUUUCCAGGAUUCACUCAUUUCCCUUUCUUUCCCUUACCAACCUGUGGUUGUCGCGUCCCUCUGAGUCUUAGCUUCUCGCAGACGUAGCGACGAAUUAGGAACGAAGUUACACACAAGUGCUGAGGGUAUAGGUGUUAGUACACAUACACGGCCUUGAUUCCAUAUCCUACCGAAAUCCCGUGCUGGUCAGCCAUUUGCGAUGUCAAUCACAGAAGCAAGCCUUUCCACAUCUGCCGCCGACUGUGACGUCUUAGCUGGCAUCCGUCAUGCUAUUGCCGAUUUUCUUCAGCAUUGCGGCUUGCAAUAUACGCCCACCACGAUCGAUGAAGAGCUGUACAACAAAUGCUGCCAGGAUGCCAUAAAUCGUGGUUUUCCGAUGUCGGAUGAGGAUUAUUCUCUCCGACCGUACAUGGUCAUUGGUGUGACCAUGUCGUCCAUUGCUUAUGGCCACCUCACCAAUCCUGCCACCAGGAUGUGGCUCUGCCACUUCACAGCUGCUGGCAUCUGUGUAGAUGAUACUAUGAAGAGGCAACAAGACAUGGAGAAUUUGUACCGUUUCAACGAACGAUUUGCAACCUGCCAGCCACAGGGCGAUGCAGUCCUGAAUACGUGGGAUGAGAUAUUGCGGGAGACCCCUCGUCAUUUCUCCCCAUUGGUGUCUGGUUUUAUUACCACAUCCACGCUCGACUUCAUCUCCGGGCUCCUGCUUGAAUAUGAGACACAGGGUAUGAAGAUCUCGAGAGAUGCUCCAAUGUACCCCGAGUAUACUAGGCUCCUAUCCGGCUUGGCGCAUGGGUUUGCCUAUUUUGUUUUCCCUCCGACGGUCCCACUUCUGGAUUACGUUCAAUGUAUACCAGACUUGAUGUUUUUCUUAAACCACGCUAAUGAUAUACUGUCAUACUACAAGGAGGAAAUAGAAGGGGACAGCACAAACUAUGUGUCGCUCUUAGCAGCCUCCCGCGGUCUCACGAAACACGAGGCACUGUGUCGACUUAUUGAGAAAACCGUGCUAGCGCACCAUAAUAUCGUCAAAUGCCUGAAACCGCAUCCUGAGGCCUAUGAGGCCUACGCCAGUGUUUGCCAUGGAUAUAUCAAGUUCCAUACCGCCUUGAAAAGGUAUAUGGUAAAGGAGAUUAUGGCGGAGAAGUCCUUGCUGUAAUUUUGCGUUGAUCUAUGUCGAUGGAUUUGUUACGAUUAGAAUUUAUUUUCCAUAUAUACUAAAGUUAUUCCAUUAGUAAAAUACCCAUAUUGUCGUAGCUGCUAUCCACCAUGACAUUGGAGGGCCGCAUGCUGUCUAUGCUGUCAUGUCAAAUGUGCUGGCCUCAGGUACCACCACCUUCAUAAAUGAGCGAAUAAUGUUAUCUAGGCAACCGUUCAUCCAUCCCGGUGGCAAUAUGACUCGCACGUUUAUCGUCACUAGCGGUGCCCCAUUCUGUGUCCGUGAGUG